AUGGGUAUCGUGGGUGGCAAGAAAGUUCGGGACCGUUGGACCACACCAACCCCGACGAACCACGACCAGUCGACCCUGCACGUUACGACUUCGGAGCCAUAUCAUUCCACAACUCACCUGUUACAACGUAGACCAUUUUUAGACGACGCGACACCCUUCUUAUUGGCCCAACGAUCACUCGUCAUCGCCAAGGAUGAAACCUAUUCGGCGGCGGAUAUUUACCAAGCCGCCAACGCAUGGUGGGCAGUCAUCGCAGAUAUCAAUUUCAAUCAUAAUAGUUCAGAGGCACAAGCAGAGUGUCUCUACUCCUACGCUUCUGUCAUGUUGAAUCUGUCAAAAGGCCAGGACGAUAUGGACGGCACCAUCAUCAUGUUGCGAGAAGCCCUCUCCACACUCCCUUAUACACCCAGCCAACCGCGCUACAAUAUAGUG